AUGAGCGCCGGGCGCGGGACGCAGUGGAACGAGAGGGGGCGUGCCAAGCAGCCCAGAGUGUGCCGGGAGCGCGGGGGAGGGGAGGCGCCGGGCACGUCAAUGUCACGGCUUAAUAUUUCCCUGUAUUAUUGUGUUGCGCUGCUACCCUCCCUGCCUGCCGGGCCUGGACGUCAGGGGACAGGGGCUCCAUGGGUGCCGUGGGGGCGUUCUGGGGUCGUGCGCAGCCCGCUGUGGAGAGACCUCGGGUCCGCCCGAGUGCGGCCGCAGAAUAGUCUGGGUUGGAAACGGAAUCCUUCCUCUGACUUGGGAAGACCUCCCUGGUGGAAACCCAUCAGAUCCGAGAGGGCGGGAGCUCCCGCUCCUCUGGAGUGGCUGCAAUCCAGGACCCAGAGGACCUCCGCUCCACCAACACUGUGGCCUCUGCCGGACAUUCGCCGCUCCGACUGCGUGUCCGAAAUUCCCGGAGCUCCUCGGAAUUACCUGCCCCGCAACCUCUGGCUCGCUCGCCUUCCGCCAGGAAUUAAAGAUACAGACUGCGCGACCCCCGCGGUCUGCGGGCGGAGGGGACCGCAGAGAGCACCGGGCUCCUCACACUCUCUCCAUUCAGAAUUCUCCUUAAAAGGUGAAGGCCAGUCCUGGGGGGGGGGGGGGGCCGAGGAACGAGCCCCCCAAGCCGAGGACCCAGCGGUCGGAGCCAGGCCGAGGGCCACACAGGUAGCGGAGGAGCCGCGGCGAGCGCGCCGCCCGCCCCCUCCCGCGGGCCCCCUCCGCGCCCCAGUCCUGCCCGCCGCCCGGCGGCGAAGGAAGCGGCGGGGACGUCCCACCCCCGCAGGGAGCUGCGCCCGCCGCCCCCGCCCGGCCCCGCACCGCCCGCCCGGCUCUCCCCCCCUCGCUCCCCGGACUGUCGGCUCCGGCGGAGAGAAACGGGAGCAGCCGUGCCUCCCCCCCGCCCCGUCCACUUUUUUUGUUGUUGUUGUUGCUUUCCCACGCUGGCUGAAUGUGACUUGACCCCAUUUCAAAAAGUUUGACAGAGUGCUUCAACAUUUCCGCAUUCCUCCGCGACUACAAAGGCUGCAGCCGCCUCCUUCUGCUUUCUGUCUCUGCUCUCUGUCUUCACACUCAAUGAAAUCCUUCAUGUGCCUCUCCCGAAGCCUGCCAAGCACCCCAAGGGUCGCCACCAGCGCGGCGACCAGAGGCCGCCCCGGGGACCACGACUCCCGCGUGUGUGCACACGCAGAUGCGCCCACGUGCACAGUGACGGGCGCGGGGCUCGGGCCCGGAGGUGUUCACCCCGGGGGCGUGCGUUUUAACGUCGAUAUUUUAAAUUAGGAAAGUAAACUGGGAAACUAAAGCAAGCGUCCAUCCUUGCGGGGGGACUCCCAGCCUGGGCACUGGCCGCCGGCGUGCACUCCUCUCUUAAGUGCAGAACACGCCCGCGGGGGCUGCCAGCAAGAAGUCUGCGUUAACAUUUAUCUCGUGGUGGGGAAGGUGGAGCUCACACCCGCACCUCGGCGAGAUGGAGGGGGAGCUUUCGUGGGGAAAUAAAUACAAGGCACCGAAACACAUUCUCUCCCGCGUGAGGUCCCCAGAAGCAGUGCAUUUUAAACCCUGAGUGUAAAUUGCUCGCCUUGCAAGCUAUUUGGCAUAUGAAGGUCCUGACCUGAGAAAACCAUCUUGGAUAACCGUGGCAAGGAGAAGGAAAAAUGCAACAGCUAGGAGAUUUCGAGCAGCAAAGCAAAGCCUGGGAACCAGGCCAAAUGCCUGCCACUUACCUUAAAUUGAUCAGCUACUUUGAGAUUAAAACCCCUGAGAGCUGCCACACCGUGAAAACAAGGCCUCCUUCACAUUAAAGGCAAAUUGCGACUUUG